CCAAGGGAGAGGGCACCACCGGCUGCUCUGGGCAAGUUCCCCAUGCCAAGGGCGAGGCGGUGAGGCGCGUGCUCCGUUUUGGACAGCGGCGCGCGCUGCGGGGCGCUCCGGAGCACCAUGGUCAGCGAAUCUCCCGGCGGCCUCUGGCGGCCGGGGCUGCCCGGGGAGGCGCUCAACGUGAACGUGGGCGGCGUGCGGCGGCGGCUGAGCCCGCGGGCGCUGGCGCAGUUCCCCGACACGCGGCUGGGCCGCCUGCAGGCCGCCGCGUCGGAGGAGCAAGCCCGGCAGCUGUGCGACGACUACGACCCCAGCGAGCGGGAGUUCUACUUUGACCGGCACCCCGGCUUCUUCCUGUGCCUGCUGCACUUCUACCGCACGGGCCGGCUGCACGUGCUCGAGGAGCUGUGCGUCUUCGCCUUCGGGCAGGAGGCCGAGUACUGGGGGCUGGGCGACUGCUUCCUGGCGGCCUGCUGCAGCGGCCGCUACCACGAGCGGCGCCUCGAGCGCCACCGGCGCAGCUGGGACGAGGAGAGCGACGUGAGCAGCGUGGACACGUCCCCCGACGAGAUCUCCGACUUCAACCAGGACCUGCGGCGCUACCGCGCCGUGCGCUGCGGGCAGCUGCGGAAGCGCCUCUGGCUGACCAUGGAGAACCCGGGCUACUCCCUGCCCAGCAAGCUCUUCAGCUGCGUCUCCAUCGGCGUCGUGCUGGUCUCCAUCGCGGCCAUGUGCAUCCACAGCCUCCCCGAGUACCAGGACCGCGACGAGGACGACGUGGCCGUGGCGAACCCGCUCCUGCUGCGCCUCGAGUACUUCUGCAUUGCCUGGUUCAGCUUCGAGGUGGCCUCGCGCCUGCUGCUGGCCCCCAGCCUGCCGCGCUUCUUCCGGCACCCGCUCAACCUCAUCGACAUCGUCUCCGUGCUGCCCUUCUACCUCACGCUGCUCGUGAGCCUCCUGCUGGGCCGGUCCUCGAAGCUGGGCAGCAUGGGCAAGGUGGUGCAAGUCUUCAGGCUCAUGCGCAUCUUUCGGGUGCUCAAACUGGCCCGCCACUCCACCGGGCUCCGCUCCCUGGGGGCCACCCUCAAGCAUAGCUACCGGGAGGUGGGCAUCCUGCUCCUGUACCUGGCUGUGGGAGUGUCUGUGUUCUCUGGUGUGGCCUACACUGCUGAGAAGGAGGAAGACGUGGGCUUUGACACGAUCCCGGCCUGCUGGUGGUGGGGCACCGUGAGCAUGACGACCGUGGGCUACGGGGACGUGGUACCCGUGACUGUGGCAGGCAAGUUGGCUGCCUCGGGCUGCAUUCUGGGAGGCAUCCUGGUGGUGGCUCUCCCUAUCACCAUCAUCUUCAACAAAUUCUCCCACUUCUACCGACGCCAGAAAGCCCUGGAGGCGGCCGUGCGGAACAGUGACCAUCAGGAGGCCAGCCUCUCCGUGGACGCCUCCAGCACCAAAGAGGGCCCUUCUCAGACUUCCAACGAGACAUCUCAGGAGGAGAACUUCCAAGAGCCCAGGCCCCGAGCAUCAGAUGUGGCCCUCAUGUCGUAGAUCGUUAGGUCAUAGGACUUAGAAGUGGGAGGGACCCUAGACACCAUCUAGUCUUCAAUUGCAGAUGAGAAGAUUGAGACCCAUGGGUUAAUUGAUUUGCCCUGACAAACAGCAGAGCCAGGAUUAGAAUCCCAGGUCUUCUGAUUACACUUUCAUUGUUUUUUCCACUUUUCCCAGCUGCCUUCUCAAGUCUGUGAAAAUCAGGGUCCAUGGAUAUGUCUUUUCUGCCCUUCAGCUGCUCACACCCAUCUGGCUAAAAGUGGCCAAAAGCUGAAAACAUGGAGAUAGCCCUCCCCAAGUGGUUCUGGAGCCUUGGAGUGGGAAAGGAUCAUCUCCUUCCUCACCUAAGGAAUAUUCAGGGGGAAAGCCUACAAUCAGUGAAGGAAGGCUUGGGAACUCCCAGUAUUCUUCUAAAAAUCCAUAGAGGCCUCCAACUGCUUUUCAGAGUAGGUCUCACCAUGGUAUCCAGAAAGAACAGGCAAGUAUAGAGGAGAUAUUUUAUAGGCUGAGCCCUAAAGUAGAAAUUCCCAUUAGAAUUGGGUAAAGUAUGGGGAGAUGGUCUUUAUUUAUGAGACUGAAAGCAUCAAGUUCAUGGGAUAGGGCUGCUUUCCUUUGAUCUAAGAGGAUGGCAACCAGCAUAUGAAUAGCCUUCUGUUAUUGAAGAUACUAGUGAUAUUUAACCUGGAGAAGAAAAGACCUGGGAAGGGAGAGGAUAACUGACUUGAUGUAUUUGAAGGGCUGUCAUGUGGAAAAGGAAUCACCUAUAUGGUCCUAGAGGGCAGAGUUAAGGAGCAGUGAGUAGAAGAUGCAAAAGAAGCAAACUUAAGCUUGUUUGAAAGAAAAACUUAACCAUUAGAGGUGGGAUGGGCUGCUUUGGGCGCUUCCCUCUUUGGAGGGCUUCAAGGAAAAGUAGAAUAAGUACUAGCAGGCCAAGUGGGGAAUACUUCUUAGGUAUGGAUUGGACUGUGAUCUUAAGUAUGUAUUCUGACGUCCUCCCAGCUCUGAAAUUCUGCCAUUCUUUAAAUCUAUGCUGCCUGGUGAUUCACAUAUCCCUGGGCCCCAUAGGGACAGGAUUCUAUGAUUUUCACUGUUAGCCUCAGUGUGGUUCUACGCAGAACUCCUUUCUCCUCACUUCCUAAGUGAGCUAAAGCAUCCUGAUUCUUGGGUUGAGCUGAGCCAGCCCUUCAAGGGCUAGGUCUUGUGUCUCCCACUCUCCUCCUUUUGGCCAGAUUUCACAAUUGUACACAUCCUUUCCUGCCCACUCUCAUACUCACUAAGACCUGCCCUUGAGCUCUCCACAAGGCUUGAUUGCUCCCCAUGAGCUUCCUGCACUCUCUCUUUUGGGACAGUGUCUGUUUGAGGAUAUCAAUCAGGUCCUGCCCAGUUUUAGAGCUCAAAUCACCUUGUCUCCAGACUGUAGCAGCUGUGGCAUCAAAAUGAGAAGCUUGUGGGAGUGAGGAGGAAGGACUUUGGAUCAGAAAGGAAAUGACCUGGUUUUGAAUCUCAACUCUAUUAUGUAUUCCCUGUCUUAUUUUGGCUUUUCAGCCCAGUUAUCUAUUUAUAAAAAAGAGAGGGUUGGACUAGAUGGUAUUUAAAGUCUACUUAACCUCUGGUAUGUUCUAAGGUCAUUUUCAGGUCUGUGUUCCUAUGAUCUUAUCCUUCGGCAGUUUUAGGGAUGUCUGACCUUGGCCCUUCUUGAGUCAAUGCUACUGCUUGCUGAGUAAAAGGGGUUCUACCUCUGCCAACUUUCCUGGUCUGAGCUUGGGGUUCAUUAGCCAAGUCUUCCUCCUGCUUUUGCUUCUGCUCUCUAAUAGGCAUCCCCAUAGAUCAGACACCAUCUGCAACCGUCCCUUAAGUCUGAGUGAAACAACUUCUUUGUGGUCAGCCCUCAGGCUGCAAAUGGGAUUAUAAAUCAUGGCGUUGUAGAUGAAGGAGCCCUCACUGGUUAUGGAUUGCAUUUUCUUUUGUGUGCUUUGUACUCAUCAUGGAUCAUUGUGUUGAUGAGAAGAGCUACAUCAAUCAUUGUUGAUCAUCGCACAAUGUUGCUGAUACUAUAAGAGAGCUGGAUCCAAGUGUUGGCUGAUGCUAGUUGUAUGAUUUAGGGCAAGUUAAUACUCUUUAGUUUCCUCCUUUAAAAUGGCAUUAAUCAUAUACUUCCACAGAACUUUUGACAGUAUCAAUUAAGAAGAUAAUUUAUAAAGUACUUUGUAAUUAUGAAAUGCUAGACAUGUCAGAUAAUUCUAACUGCAAGCACCAUUAUCUGGCCCUUACACAUUUACCCUAAAGCCUCAGGCCUUUAGGCUUCUUCUUUCAACUGUAUUUUGCCAUAGUCAUGCCUGUCUCUCGUCUUUUCUCUCACCCUCAUCUCUGUUCCUCUCUUUUCUUACUAUAUCUCCAUUCCCAUAUAAUUGGUCUCUUUCUUUCCACCACCUAAGCCUAGUGUGUCACUCCCCGUUACCAUUAGCACAAGAAAUAGGAUAACUAACACAGACCCAAGGCCCAUUUUAGAAGGCUAAACUACAAUUGUUAAAUUGCCCCACUGUGCCCAGGAAUUUCUUCUACAGAAUUUCUGGCAGGCGGUCUUCCAUUUUUUAUAUUAUAUCAAGUGAUUAGGAGCCAUCAUUACAAGAUUAUUUUUAUUUGUUAUAAAGUUAUUCCUUCCCCUAAAUUGAAAUCUCCCUACCUGUAAAUUCAUUUUGCUGGUCCUUAUUCUUUCCUCUGGGAUUAAAUAGGUAUCUUCUUAUGACAAUCCUCCAGAUACUUAAAGACUUCCCAUCUUGUAUCUUCAGGCUAAACAUUUUCAGUUCCCUUAAGCAAUGUGUUAGGCACUGGUGCCUAGUCUUUUCACAAUUCUAAUAUCUUUUCUGUUUUUUUUUUUUUUUGACAUUUGAUAGUAUUUUUUCCCUAGGUGCAUAUUAAAAAAAAAUUUUAGCAUUCAUUUUUACAAGAUUUUGAGUUUCAAAUUUUUCUCCUUUCCUCCCCCCAUCCUGAAGAUGGUAGGCAAUUUGAGAUGUUUAUUCAUGUACUAUUAUGUAAAGCAUAUUUCCAUAUUAUUUAAAAGUUGUAAAAGAAGAAGCAGAUCAAAAGGGAAAAAAAAACAUGAGA